CGCGAAGAAGUCUUUAGGUCAAAUGGCAGAUUAUUGUAUGCACGGUACAGCUUUAUGUUCUGCAAAUCUCUCAUUGCGACAGAGUUGAGUAUAUCAAAUAUCUCCUUGGUAUUCAUCGUCACCGUUGCAGUCGCGCGUAAUGGCUUCACAAAUGGCACCCCAAUUCCCUCUCUAUUAUCAUUACAUACCUGUUCUGUAUAUACCCAUUACAUGUCGUCCAACUCCGCUAAGACUGUAUAUAUGACAAUACCAAUGCGAAGUUUUCGCCGCUUUCCGUUACAACUGCGAGGCAGGUCAAGAGAUGGGAAAAUGGGAAUGUAUAUCUAUCCCUACACUCGCCUGGGCACUGGAUGAAAGCCUCUAACAUCACCGAACGAAGACACAGCGCUCGGAGGAAAUGAAAGUUUGUCUAUGCCGUCAGCUGUACAAUAGCCCUGCCACUCCCAAACCUGAAGCAAUACCG